CGUGAUCACUGACCAUCUCCAAUCACUUCUUCCUUUCUACCAAGUUCAGCGACAGUGGCGGCCCUUCAGAACGUAUUGUGGUGCAAUGUCUCGACCAGAGGCCGUGACGCUCUCUACAGAGCUCGCAGUCGUCACUGCCCAGUUGGAGCUACUCCGUACCCAAGAAGCCGAGCUCCAGCAACACAUCGACGGACUUCAGGCAUAUAAAGAGAUCAUUUCAGCUCGACGGCGUGCGCUUGAGGUCAAGGAGUUCGAAUUGGAGGCGUCGCGACACCCAGUGAACUGGUUACCAGUGGAAUUGCUCGUCGACGUAUUUCUCUUCUUCGUCGAAGACGACAAUAGCGCCUUCGUCCUCACUCACGUCUGCCAGAAGUGGCGUGAGGUUGCGCUGACAACAUCGUGCCUUUGGACAUGCAUAUCAACGCGCAGCACCCGGUGGAACAGUAACCUCGUCGCGUUGGCGCUGGAAAGGUCGCGCGACUGCUUGCUCGACGUUGUCCUGGAUGAGCACGAUACGGAUCCCUCUGCCAUUCCCCUUCAUUUGGAAACCUGCGAUGAUCACCACAAACGUAUUCGCAGUUGCACGAUGCACGCUCCGGAAUUUCGUUCAGUGCAGAAAUUGGCGGCGAUAAUCAACCAACUCCCUUGCAUCCACCUUCGGUCAUUGUCGCUCAGCGUCAUGACCAAGAACUCGGUACCCUUGGGGCUAAUUACUGAGCCUUCUUCAGAUACGACGCACUCCAUCCCACUUGCGCACCUGAACCUGACUAAGGUGCCUCUGCAUUUUCUCUCCCAACACCUAUUAACAAAUGUCGUGACUCUAACGAUAUGUUAUCCUCCAACGGCUCGCCUAACGCUCGCAGAUUUUACAAGUUUUCUGUCAUUCAUGCCGCGAUUAGAGGAGCUCGUCCUUCUGAAUACGUCCUUCGUACCACCCUCAUCGGUUAUCCAGGCGAUCAAGCUACCUUCCCUCCGAUGCAUCGAAUGGAGUUACCCCCGUGACGUCCUCAUUUUACAACUUUUUACCGCCAUAGAGGUGACUGCCGUCCAACGCCUCGACCUCUGGAUAGAUAGUCCCAACCCUAGAUAUCACAUCUCCCAACCAAGCACCAACGUCUGCAUCCUUCCCUUCCUCGAAGAGCUCCUCGUCCAGUGCACAGAUGAGGACGCCAUGGGUUCUGUCCUUCGCAAAUUCGCCUUGCCCGUGUUACGCAAGCUGGAACUGACCAAUGCUGACGAGCGCCUCAGGCUCGAAGGAAUCCGGUCAGAUUCACUCCCUCUUCUUCCCCGAAUGGAAUCCCUCUUCCGUGACCCACGCCAGCCGCAGCUUACUCAUCUGACGUUAUCGCAUUAUAUGCUUACUCCAAAUGCCGAGGCAAUGCUCGGGUACGUGCCCGCUCUGGUUUCGCUCUCGCUCGACGCCUGUACGGGAGUCAAGGGUGUGUUAGAGAGCUUGAUGCGAGAAGCCGUGGGGACCGAAGGUGUAAAAUACUGCUCUAAGUUGGAGAGACUGUCGUUUUGGUCCUGCCAGGAUUUGGAGAAGGGAUUGUUGGAAAGAUUGGUGAGGUUGAGGAAUCUUGUAGGACGCGGUACCUGGGGAGGAGAGCGAAAGAUACGUCCUUUACCUGAAGGGAGGAAAAUACGGCCUCUGCCUUCCUCGCGUGUUGGUGGUGUGGCGCACAUGAAGCCAGUGCCAAUCACGUAUCUGAGAGUCGAGGGUUGUCCGAAUGUGACUGCAGAAGAGAUGGGUGCAUUGUCCCGAGAGCUGGGUGUCAUUGAUAUUGCUUUCCAGUAAUCAUUUCCUACUUGCUAUCACAACUACAGGUGGAACAUCCAUGUACAAAUACAACAAACUGAGGGUAGCCGUUAUUGACAUCGGUGACAAUGCAUAGCAUAAU